AUGGCCGUGUCUAGACCAAGUCAGCUCGAUCAGCGUACAGCAUCAGUGUCUCAGGUAGCGGCCGGUCCAAACAUGGAUGUCGAGGAAACCACACGCUCCAGGGCAUUGCCGUCGCUGCGACCCGUUUCUCACUCCAGCCCCGUUGCCAUAACCCGACGCCCGACGUUGCCCCAGACUCAGCAGCCUUCGACGGUACAUCAUGCCUCUAACGACCAGGUCAAGGUGCUAUCAAGAGAGCCCGUAGACGGUGGAUGGAGGGCUUGGUCCGUUCUUGUAGGAUCAACGGCGUUUAUGAUCCCGACGUUCGGUCUAAUGACAACCGUGGGCAUCUUUCAGGUGUAUUGGAAGGAAAACCAGCUUGCUCCGUGGUCUAACACGGACAUAUCCUGGAUUAUAUCCAUCUUUGGGUUUCUAUCUGUUCUACUCUGCGGCCCCUUUGGCAUCCUGUUCGACACGUUCGGGCCCCGAUGGCUCGUGACCCCCGCAACAAUUGUGUACAGCGCGGCCUUCCUGGGCGUCGCCUUCAGCAGUCAAUACUGGCAAUUCAUGGUCUGCUUCUGUGCUGCCGGUAUAAGUGCAGCGGCUUUGACCACCACUGCGCUAGCCGUUAUUAAUCAUUGGUUCGACGACAAGAAGGGACUGGCCAUGGGCAUUUGCACCAUGGGUGGAGGACUGGGUGGGGUGAUCUUCUCCGUGGUGCUUCGGUUCACCACGAAGAACUUCGAGUGGACGACGGCAAGCCUCAUCCACUUUGCCAUAAUUUGCGCCUUUUUAUCCCUCGGGUGCGCCUUGACGAGGCCCAGAGUACUCAAGGCUCGCAAAGGAAAGAUGUGGGACUUUGCCUGCUUCAGGCGUUGGAAGUUUGUCCUCUUCACCUUCAGCGUAUGCGGCUUCGAGUUGGUGCUGUUCGUAGCGUGGGGUCUCCUGCCCACGUAUGCCAGAAUAGUCAAGCUCGGCGAUGUAUUCUACUUGAUCCUUGUCUUCAGUGUGGGGUCUUCCUUCGGCAGGAUUGUUCCUGGAUAUUUCACCGAUAAAAUAGGCCCCUUCAAUGUGACUAUACUCAUGACAAUAUUCACAGAGGCGGUCAUGCUUGUGUUGUGGCUAGCGUUCGGAGACACAUCCGCGCCUACGCUCUAUGCCGUGGCCUUUUGUCUUGGAUUCGGUACCGGUAGCUUUGUGUCGACGGCUGCUACAUGUCUCGGACGACUCUGCGACCCGCAAGACAGUGGCACAUACAUCGGCUGCUGCUAUGCUGUUACCGGCAGUCUUGGCUAUCCCGGUGAGGCACUGUUCCAACGUGGUUGGCUGACGACAGCGUUGACUAUCUGGCUCAAGGAGCGCCUCAUGCAGCCCUCGUCGAAAAUGACUUGCAGGAUCGGACCAAAGGUUGCAGGACGAUGA